GUAAACGUUCGGGGGAUCCAUGACAGUCUGCACAGUCGCAUGCUUAAAAUUCUAGCUACCGACUUUUGCUUGCUAGGACCUCGUCGUUUUCGGGACAGUAAGAGAAGCCGAAAUGACUGACAGUGUGAGCGGACACCUCAACAUGAAGCUCGGCAGCUAACCUUAUUACCGGAGACAUAUUCCUCCAGAUAUUUUCCCCAGCGACAGCAACGACAGUCUAGGAUUGCCAAACAACAAGCAUCAUUCAGUGUCAGCCAGAGGAAGCAGCUGGAGCUCUCAGGCGCAUCGUCCCUGGUCAUUCCUGCUAAAGGUAGCUUCUCAGACAACGCACUGGGACAACAAUGCCUGCGAACCCUCUGCCUCAACACCCAUUCUGCAUUGGUGAUUUGGUGAUAGACAUCUUGCAACCAAAGCACCUUUCUACAAAUCCCUGACUGCCUGUGUGGGUGUCUUUCCUUCUGGUUCUACUUCCUGUCCUCUGCUGUUGCUCAAACUUUCUCAUCUCCUCUGAGGGGGGGGGGGGGGGCAGGAUGCCUUUUGUGGUUAGAGAAACUUCUGUUGCUGUACGGGUAUAAUGCAAGCACAUAUCCUGCUGGAGUUAACUUGAGGGAGGCACUGAAUUCCGCUCUUGGAAUGCUUUGCAGUGGACUUUGAACACUGACCUCUGCAGAUACACUGAGCUGAAAAUAAAAAUCUCCCUGCAGGAAUAAAGCAAUUAUCCCCCUAUCAAUUUAUUGGUACAUCCGCACCCGAAAAAAGACCUUCAGCCUCACACCGGGCCUCUGCAACUCUGCUUCUCUCUCCCCAGUACCAUGCUGGGUAGGAAUAUGUCUCAGAAGCUGAGUGUGCUGCUGAUGGUAUUCGGCCUGGCGUGGGGACUUAUGCUGUUACGCUACACUAUGCAGCAGCCUCGCCAUCAGAGCAGUGCCGAGCUACGUGAGCAGAUCCUGGAGCUCAGCCGGCGAUACGUCAAGGUCCUGACCGAGGAGAACCAGAAUGCACCAGGAGGGCUGCAGGGAACCUCCAUGGCUGGUUACGCUGACCUGAAGAGGACUAUCGCUGUGCUACUGGAAGACAUUUUGACACGGCUGGUCAAACUAGAGGGGAAAAUUGACUUGGCGGUCAAUGCCUCUUCCACUAACACCUCCCACACAGCAGGGGGCAUCCUUGACUCUGUGGCCGCCGCCCUACAGAAAUCCUCAAAGCAGGAGACACCUGGCAGCCACCCAGGGAUGUCACGCCUUCACCCACACAUCCCUAAUAGGCCUCGGCCACAUCAAGGAGCAUAGUCUUGAAAGACGUAUUGAUUUUUUUAUUUUGAGCACAUCACACUUUUCCAGCGUUUAUCUCUGAUGUUACUGCAUCAGACCAAUGAAAAGCAAUAGAAAGACAUACGGACAUCCGGAAAAAUACAAAGUGGGAUGCUUCUUAGAAAUGUUCAGCCAACUCAGAAGGAAGGAGCACUUCUUAAGGCUCUGUACUAUCAUAUGCUGAUGUUUAUUUAUUUUUAUAUUCUCAUUGCUGAUUUAUUUUGGCUUAGAUCUUUAGCAUUUUUUCAAUAAUGCCAUAUCUGAAUCCUAUGACUGUUUAAGCAAAAGCAGAGAGGUAUAAAUACUCUUGGAGCUGAACCAGAUUCACAUGAUUAUGCUUUAUCAUAAAAGUGGCUUGAAAUACUCCCCUAUCUACAUGGAAGUCUAUUUUACAAUACUGCUUACAUAUAUCUAAAUGCUGAACUAAGCAGCACACUCAUGAUAGUUAGGAAUAGCUGUAUUGUCAGUUUAGCUGGUGCGGUUGUUAAUUAGAUUCUACUUAUAGCUUACUCAUAGUCUUAAGAAUAAUGAAUAGUUUGCCUAUAAGAGAUAAUCCAAAGAAUGUUAUUUGCACUCCAUCUGCAGGCAGGAUAGUUGUGUAUUUACAAUUGCUGCAAGACAGUUUGAGGUUUAUGCUGAAUUUAAAUGGAUGAUGCCUAUUUUGCUACUGUAAACAUGAGUGUGCCGUGUCUUGUUGAAAUCCUAUGGUUCCCUUGCCCAGUGUUGAGAAAAUGUUUAAACUAAGAUGUGUAGCAGAUUGAAUGUACUGUGUAGUCAGUUUUUAGCCCUUUAGUGCUGUUAAGAUGACUGACAUACUGCUUACACAUGUUCAGGGUUCAUGUUGUACUGUGACUCUACAGAGGUUUUCUAAAAAUACUGGGCUCGCCCAACAUUGACUUGAUGGAUAUUUUAGAAUGUGAGACAUCCGGCUCUUGAAUAUUCCUCCUGAGUAUGGCUUCCAUUAUACCAAUAUACUCUGGUGCCUGCCCAGAGGAAAUAGAUCUUUAUUUUACACAUCAUGGUGCUCAUUAACAUGGGUCUGGGAAGAAUAUAGACAAUGCUUUGAUCGAUACUACUUGGGGAUUGUAUGAGACAAAGUCAAUGUUGGUGAAAUACUGUAGGAGGGGGAAAUGUAUCACAAUGUUGCUUUUACAUUACAGACAAUAUGAAUCAAGGCCUUUAGACUGGAUUGUCCAACUGUGGUAUGACUCUUUCUGCAUCGGGUAAUGUCAUAAAUGUACUUUGCUUCAUAAUGCAUACGUUGAAAGAUGUAGAGCCAGUGAGCUGCUGUGAGAUGGCUUCAUUAAUAAAUUGACCUUAUGGAAAGAAAUAGUUCUCCCCUCGUUUAA